AUCAAGUUUCGUGGAGGCGGACGUGUGUUCGGUGUGCCAAAAAUACGCUAAAGUUUAAUUUCUACAACAUGAAUUAAGACUAUUAAACCACACUUUAUCACUGAAACUUCAUAAAUUAAUCAAAAUCAACACUGUGCUCUGUGAUUUUUUCCAUCGGAAGUGCAUAACUUGAUGCCCUACAUAAAAAGUUAGGUCCGAUUUGAUGAAAGUUUUCUUUUCUUUUGUUUUAAUCAGUGUGUAAUGUUAAUUUGUGGUGAAAGAUGCGCGGGUCGGACGUUAAUCUAGUGCUGUUUAUUAUUUUGUUCUGCGCACGUGAGCAUGUGGGUGAAAUAAGUCAAAUAGACGACAAUGACUUGACUGGAGAACACUCGUUGGAAUUGACCCAGUCCAUGAACUUAGCUCGACAGGAGCUAAUUCAAGAGUCAUGCCAGCGGUUUUCACCAAGAUGGACGUUAGAAAAUCUGCCGGAUAAUCAGUUCGAGCACAUAUUAGUCGACGAGACACACAAGCUGCUGUAUUGUUACGUACCAAAGGUUGCCUGCACUAAUUGGAAGAGAAUUUUGAUGAUACUGACAGGAAAAUGGAACGAUACAGAUGUCCUCAACAUUCCGGCAUCCCUUGCUCACUCUCCCGGUAUGUUCCGGAACCUCAGCAGUGUGCCAAAACCGGAACGGGACUACAUGCUGGAUAGUUACCACAAGAUGAUCAUUGUCCGGAAUCCGUUUGAGAGAUUGCUGUCAGCAUACAGAAAUAAAUUAGAAGGAGAUCUGCCUAGUGCUAGAUAUUUUCAAGACAGAGUGGGCAGACGGAUCAUCAAGGCGUUCCGCGAGAACCCGUCCAACGAGUCUCUCGAGUUGGGCCAUGACGUCACGUUCAGGGAAUUCGCUCUGUUCCUCACUAACAAGUCCGAGGAGAUGGCAGACGUCGCCAACAAUGAGCACUGGCAGCCGAUAACGAGCUUGUGCCACCCCUGCCUCAUCAAGUACACCUUAGUUGGUAAAUACGAGACUUUGGUAGAGGACUCCCAGCUCGCACUGCACACCAUCAACGCGUCUCACAUACAGUUCCCGCGACUCAUACGCACAUCAGGAACUUCAGAAAAACUACACAGGUACUUCUCUCAACUAGAACUGCCGCUCAUUAGGAAACUGUACAAGCAAUAUUGGCACGACUACGCGAUAUUUAACUACGAUCUAGACAAUAUAGUCGGCUUUGAUUUAGGAUAAUAGUCGUCGGAUGAAUUAUGGAAAACAAUAUUCUAAAUGGAUUAGAGGUUGUGUUCAGCAUUUUAUAAACCCCAGUGCCUUAGAUUAUUUGGGUAACCAAGACUUGGAAUAUGCGGGAAUUGUUAAAUGUAAGAAUGUAACCAUCAUAGAGAGUAGUACCAAAAGUAUACAAUGUCAAGUUACAAUAAAAUCACUUGCGAAUAAGAAGCUCGAUUUACAUAUAUUUUUAAUUGAAUGCCAGUACUAGUAUGUAUUUAGGCCAAAUAUAGUCUGUUGUCUUGAGUGUCCAAUUGCGUAGAAAUUGGCCGUUGUGAUUCACGUAUGAAGACAUACGCAAUAUUGUGUAUAAAGUGUUGUUAAGUUAUUGUACAACUUCAACUUCUUUUUUUAUAAUAAUCAUAUUAUUUUUAUUAGUCAAAUAUAAAUAAGCUAUUUUCUGAUCUUUAUACAAUCGAAAAAUCGUAUACACGGUUGAAAAAUCAAACAGGUAAAGCUAGCAUAGUUAUGAUCGUGCGCAGUGGACACGCAUGUGGUGUGAUGGUCUGGUGACGUCAUAAGCGUCAAGUUUAUUGCCACCACACAGCUUAUUUUUUGCGGCAUCGGCCAAGAACACGGUAAUUUGAGUCGCUAUAAAUGUACAGUCGGAAAUAAGUGCUGGUUGAAAUAUCGCGAAAUGUCGUAAAAACGGUACACAGACAAUAUUGCAAAAAAUAUGUCGUUCUCUAAAAUAAAUUUUUUUGAAUAUUCUGUUUAAAAAUAUAAUUUAUGUAUCGUUAAAAUAAUGUAAA